CAAGGCUGAUAUUUCUCUCCUCAGCCACGUGUUUUGCUCAUCCUCAUCUUCUUCUUCUCCCCGAUGCUCUGCCCCCCGACCCUCUGCACCCGAGAAGCCCCCCAACUACCGCCACCCAUUUUCCUGCCGGAAAUCCGGCAAAGCUUGGGGGUUUUCUCCUUCUUUUCUUGUUCUUGAACCUAGAAAUAUCCCCCUCCCUUCUGCAGAUUUUUGGAUUUGCUUUGCUCUGCUCUGUCCGUCUGCGAGCAGCUUUUGCCGAUUGAGUGCUUCCCGGUUUUCUGGUAAGGGAAUGACUAAGAAUCAUCCCUUUAGCCUUAAUUCAAGUUGGGUUACUCUAAUUGUGUUGUGGGUUCUUGAAUUUUGAGGUUUGCCGUGAGUUCCUCCAUUCCUCUCCCCGUCGGCUUCCUUCCCAGCCGGACCCGGUGCUUCCUGGGAGAAAAUCCUGUGAAUUAGCUAGUGUUCGGCCAAUUUUGGAGGUGCAGUCACUGUUCACGCACUGUUCACGGGUACUGUUCACGAGGUACUGUUCACACACCGAGGGUUAAUGAUUAACGGGGAUUUAAAGGUUUAGUUUGUGAUAUAAGAAUGAAUUUGGAGAUGUUCGGUUAUGUGGAGAUUGAUAGAAAUAGCAUCGAGAUUAGGGGUAGUCCCGAUGAUGAUUUUACUUUGAAUUUGUGGUGUUUUCCUUGUCCACCAUUUCAGGAAUCGAAACCGAGGACGGGGAAACCGAGGGGAGUGACAAGUUAGAAGGCUAGCCAUUUCGAGAUUGGUAUAGAUUUAGAAAUAAAUCAUGCUCUUGCAAGCUAGAGUGUAUUUGGAGAUUUUAUGAUAUUAGAGAAGUUUUAAAAUUUGAUCUUCAGAUUUUUGUGGUAUCAGAUGUGAAUUGGAUAAGUUCCGAGCCUUGUGCAUUUGUGGGACCCACUCACGAGUGCAUGGCGUCUGUCGCGCCUCGAAUUCGGGUUUGGGGCGUGACAAUAGCUUUGAUAUAAAAUUGAAAGUUGAAG